UCUGGCCGCGGAUGGUAAAAGGUACGACAGAUUACUAGCUAUAUAAGCGCUUGCCAUUCUUGGACACACCACAUACCUUCGAGCUUCCACAGUGAUCGCAUCAAUAUGGCUAAGUGGACCAUUGUCGCAUUGGCAUUAAUCGGCUGUGCCGUCGCCGAACCUCCCGUGGGCUACAGCUACUCCGCCCCAUCCUACAGCCAUGGCAGCUCUGGCUCCGUGCUCAGCAGCGGAGGCCACUACUCCUCCGUGCCAGUGGGCCACCAGAGCUCAGAGGGCUACCACAUCGACCCCCAUCUAUUGGACAAGAUCCGCCACAUCAUCCUGAAGGAUGAGAUCCAAAACCAGGCCUACCAAUCCUCCGGUUCCGGCCACGGUAUCUCCCACGGAAUCUCUUCCCACUACGGCCCACCCGCCCCCGUCUACGGCGUGCCCCACGACAGAAUCGUCGGCGUCGAACUUGAAUCCCUCCAACAGGGCAUCCAGGUCGCCCAAUACCACCAAGCCGUCGAAGACUACUCUGGCGGAUACGCCGGCGGCUACUCCGGCGGUUACUCGGGCGGUUACAGCAACGGCGGAUACUCCGGCGGUCACGGCGGAUACUCCAGCGGUCACGGCUCGUCCGGAUAUUCGACCAUCGGCGUGCCCUCCGGCUCCUACGGCGUCCCCUCUGUCUCGUCGUCCUACGGCGUCCCCCACUAAAAAAAUAGUCAAACUUGUGAUCGAAAUAUUAACUGUAUUAUAUUAGUUAAUAAGUUUCUGUAAAUAAAAAACUAUCUUUUUUAUA